CCCCCAUUUCUUGUGCCUCCUCUAAUCUCUCUACCUAUACUUACAACUAUACACACAGAUCUCAGUCCCCGAAAAUGUCGCUCUCCGUCGAAAAAACCGCGGCCGGUCGCGAAUACAAGGUCAAGGACACAUCCCUGGCCGACUUCGGCCGGCUCGAGCUGGAGCUCGCCGAGGUCGAGAUGCCCGGUCUGAUGUCGUGCCGGUCCGAGUUCGGCCCGUCUCAACCGUUCAAAGGCGCCAGAAUCACCGGUUCACUCCACAUGACUAUCCAGACCGGCGUGCUUAUCGAGACGCUGACCGCUUUGGGCGCGGAAGUGCGGUGGUGCUCGUGUAACAUUUUCUCGACUCAGGACCACGCGGCGGCGGCUAUUGCGAGAGAUAGCGCUGCUGUGUUUGCUUGGAAGGGAGAGACCCUGCAGGAGUACUGGUGGUGUACGGAGAGGGCCUUGGACUGGGGUCCAGGAGGUGGGCCAGAUUUGAUCGUGGAUGAUGGUGGUGAUGCGACAUUGUUGAUUCACGAGGGUGUGAAGGCGGAAGAAGAGUACAAGAAGACUGGGAAGGUUCCAGACCCGAGUAGUACGGAUAAUGCUGAGUUUCAGAUUGUGCUGGGGAUUAUUAGGGAUGGGUUGAAGAGUGACCCGAUGAAGUAUCACAAGAUGAAGGAGAGAUUGGUGGGGGUUUCAGAGGAGACGACUACUGGGGUUAAGAGGUUGUAUCAGAUGCAGCAGAAUGGGACGCUUUUGUUCCCAGCUAUUAAUGUUAACGACUCUGUUACUAAGAGCAAGUUUGAUAACUUGUAUGGAUGCCGCCACUCUCUUCCUGAUGGUUUGAUGAGAGCCACCGAUGUUAUGAUUGCUGGAAAGGUUGCACUUAUUGCUGGAUAUGGAGAUGUGGGAAAGGGUUGUGCAGCAGCCAUGAAGCAAGCUGGAGCUCGUGUGAUUGUUACUGAGAUCGAUCCAAUCUGUGCUCUUCAAGCUACCAUGGAAGGGCUACAAGUUCUUCCCCUGAAGGAUGUUGUCUCUGAGGUUGACAUCUUUGUCACCACCACUGGUAACAAGGACAUCAUUAUGGUUGAUGACAUGAGGAAGAUGAAAAACAAUGCCAUUGUCUGCAACAUUGGUCAUUUUGACAAUGAAAUUGACAUGCUUGGCCUUGAGACAUUCCCUGGUGUGCAGAGAAUCACAAUCAAGCCCCAGACUGACAGGUGGGUCUUUCCCGACACUGGCAGAGGCAUCAUUAUCUUAGCUGAGGGACGUCUCAUGAACUUGGGUUGUGCUACUGGUCACCCCAGUUUCGUGAUGUCUUGCUCUUUCACCAAUCAAGUGAUCGCCCAGCUGGAGUUAUGGAACGAGAGGAGCUCCGGGAAGUAUGAGAAGAAAGUGUAUGUAUUGCCCAAGCACCUUGAUGAGAAGGUUGCAGCACUCCAUCUCGGAAAGCUUGGUGCCAAGCUUACUAAGCUCACCAAGGAUCAAGCUGACUACAUCAGUGUUCCAGUUGAGGGUCCUUACAAGCCUGCUCACUAUAGGUACUGAGCAUGGAAGUUUGUUUGCUAGGUUUGAGAUCCAAUUUAUGAACUGGUUGUUUAAUUUUAUUACUCUGCUUUAUUUUGAGAAUUUUAUCAGCUAAAAUAUCAAUGUCGGUUCGAAAAAGUUUGGCAAGUUGGUUGGAAGAAAAGGAUUGGCCUUUGUUGAAGAUCAUAUUGAAUUAUAUUAAGGCUGUUUUUUUAGUAA